AUGCUGGAGUCUGACAAAGAGUUUGUCGGAGACGUGCAAGUUGUUGUGCCUGAGGUGUGGGAGCUCUGCUCCUUUGUCCUGCCGUCACCUGAAGACCCGCAAUCCCUCGACGCCGCAGUGCAGAACACGCUUUCGGUGCUUUACCCUCCCUUUGACAUCACGGCCCCGACUGUGCUGAGCCAGCUUUUCCGUGUCCUGGAGGCCAAAUACCACGGAGAUGGGCUCUGUUGCCUGCUGGACUUCCUCAUCCCCUCCAAGCGCCUCCUGGAGCACGUGCGGCAGGCAGCCUGUGCUCCUUUCGUCAGCCACGUUUUCCUCCACGAGGGCUGGCCCCUGUGCCUCCGGGACAAAGUGGUCGUCCACCUCGGCCCCCUCAACCCCCUCCUGCUGCGCCCCGGCGAUUUCUACCUGCAGGCGGAGCCCUGCGGAGAGCAGUCGGCCUGCCUGGCGGCGAAGUGCCUCUCCAGGGACCUCACCGCCGUGGAGCAGAUCCCCGUAUCGGAAGCGGCCUGCUCCAUGCUGUUCACUCAGGAGUGGCUGGAGGACGUCAACCGAGACCUCGACAGGCCGGAGCUGCGGAACUGCCUGGUGGCCACCAGCAACGGGAUCGUCCCCGUUGCGUGGAGUAAAAUCGUGACCCCGGAAUUCGUCAGAAUCUCUCAGGCUGAAGAUCUGGCGGGCAAAGACUUGCCAGCCCCCACGGAAUCUCCGAGGCAGACCGGUGGCACUGCCGGGGGCGCGAGAGCCGCUCCCAGCAAGUACCCGGGCCUCAUUAAGGUGGAGCCAGGCUCGUGGGCAAAAUCCACUUUGUUUGUGGUGCCAAGUUUGUGCGAUAUCAUCGGCGAGAACCUGGAAGGGGAGUAUGUCAACCUGCUGGGCUUCUCCGAAGAGAGGAAACCGGAUCUUUCGCCUCCUGCCAAGACAAUGGCGUCUGCUGCUGUACAGCCAGGAACAGUGGAAUCCCCCAAGGCCAAAGAAGGGAUUGCUUGGGCAACCGGAGAGAUCGCGACCACAGAAAGCUGGACUUGUGGGAAGGGGGGGAACUCGGAGGAGGGCCCCUGCACCCCCUGCUUGAGGAGGAAGCUGAGCCAAGACCCCGAGCUCCAUGAGACGAGGUGCCGGUACCGGGAGUCGUACGUGGCCGCUCUCCAAAACCCUGUCAGCUUCAGCUCGGGGCUGAUGGCAGCCAUCCUGGAAGAGAUCGACACGGCCCAGCCGGCCUCCCCCUCGGAGAGCGCAGCCUCCCACCCUCUGGUGGGGUCAGACGAGGCCAGUCCCGGGAGCCCUUCGGACUGUCCAAACAAGGACGGCGAAGCUGAGCAGGUGGCCAAGCUGGGACACACGAAACUCCCGAAGCCGCCCACGGAGCCUUCGGCGGCUGGCAGCAAAUUCUCGUUCUUGAAAGGCCACCGCCUGCAGGUCUCCUCGGGAGGCGGGUUGUCUGUGGCGGAGAAAGCCGGCAAGGGGCAGGAGGGCCCCCGCAAAAGGGCAUCCGUCGUUUGCUCUCCCAGAAUGGCCAGAGCCAGGCAGGCGGGAGGGAAAGGAAUUCACCAGAUUGAUGUUGUGCUUUCAGAAGUCCUCUUACCCAGGAGCCCAGAAAGUGCCACAGAGGUAACUUCAUCCACGGACGCUCUUCCUCCCGGAUCCGGAACCCAGGACUGUGUCCAGUGGGAGAUUCCCAGCUCUGAGCUUCUGUCUUCUGGGAUUGCAUGUCUGCCAGGGAGCACAGACAGACUGGGGAGACCCCUCCUCCAGAUCACCACCAGCAGCUCCGCUUGGCAGGCCCCCUGGUGCUCCGCCCGAGAGGUGACCAGCCUCCUCCUCUACCUCACCUCCCUCCCCAGGAAACCGGGGCCUGACGCAGGGCUGACGGUUAUCAUUGAUGCCAGGAAGGAGCCUCUGUCCCCCGUCCUCUCUGCUGCGCUGGACUCCGUCCAGAAAGCCUCACCUGGCUCCAUCCGUGCUGUGCUGAUGUUGGCGGAGAAGGAAGCCGUGCCCCAUCUGGACAAGCUCCCUGGCCUGCAGGUGGAGCUGCUGAGCUCUCUGAAAGCUCUGAGCCGCCAUGUGGACAGUAGUCAGCUGACCCGGGCCCUGGAGGGCACCUUCCCGUAUUGCCACAGCGAGUGGGUUCAGUACUUCCAGAAGAUGCAGCACUUUAUGGGUGACCUCCGGAAGGCAUCGGAGUUGCUUCAAAGCACCAUCCAGGAGCUGGAGAAGAAGGAACAGCUAAGAAGUCUGCAGGAAGUGGUGCAGGAACUGGAGCGGCACCAGCUGCUGAUGCAGGGUGUUCUGUCCAAUGGCCAGCUGCUCAGCCUGCAGCGAGAAGGCGGGGCUACGCUGGCCAGGCUGAGAAAGGAGGCGGCCCGGCUCAGCUUCUCCCCGGAGGCCAGGAGCAGCAUAGACUGUGCCCUGGGCCUCUACAAUCUGGUGGAAGAGCAAGUGCACGCCCUGGUGACCAGGUCCAACGGCCGCUUGGAGCAUCUGCAGUUCCUGCAGAAGAUCCGGGGGAUGGAGGCCGAGUUCCACAAGCUCAGCUUGUGGAUGGAGGAAGAAGGGGAGCUGGAACUCAGCGAGCUGGAAUCUGCAGAGAGCAGCCGGGAGACUGCUGAAGAGUCUUACCUGACGUUUAAGGAAUUCUUCAAAGAAGCCACAGUCCACUAUAACCGUGGCCUGUCGCUUUCCAAGGAAGCCGCCAAGGUCCAGGGAUCCAGAUUCCCCGAGAUGGAGGCUUUUGAGUCUGCCAAGGGGGCUUUCCAGGCCAAGCUGACCGUGUUCUACAUGGAAAUGGAGAUGAGAGGGGCAGAGCUGGAAACCCUCCUGGAUCUCUACAAGUUCCGCGACAAGAUCGCACAUUUUACUCUUGACUGCAAGCAACGCCUGGCCCAGUGGAGAGCCGGAGGGGGUGAGCCCAGGACCGCAGAGGCCCUGUGUGAAUUGGAGAGCUCUCUCCAGCUGCCCUCCGAGUUUUCCCCUGAGAAAUUCCAGCGCAUGAAGGUCCAGGCUUCCAGCAUGCGCAGCGGAAAGGGCCUCGAGGUGUGGGGUGAAGCUUUCGAGAAAUGCCAAGAAGCCAGACAGAUUCUGGAAGGCCUGCUGGCCCAGUGCAAGGAGAACCGAGAAGGGGGAGCUGGGAUCUGCAGAGAGGACGGUGACCCUCUUAACGUGGAUCCUGUCCCGCCUCCUGAAGCCCCAGACGAGGAUCUCUACUUUGAUGGUGCUCUGGGGAAAACCAGGAACCAGGAUCCCAACAGAACUGGCUCCCGAGAGCGUCCUUCCUGUGGAGCAGACAAGGAAGAGCUGGGAAGGGAAGAGUCUUAUCUUGCUUCCCCGCAGGCUGUUUCUCAAAGCGAGGCCUCCAGGGGCCAGAACCCCGGCGAAGAGUCCUCAGAAAGUCUCCCCACACCAACAUGGACCCCUCCUCCUUUAAGGCUUCCCACCCACCCCUCUUGCCUAAGGGCUAACCAUGCACCAGAGACCUGUGAGGAUCUGCCAUCCGCCGACUGGACGUGCGUGACCGUCCCACGGAGAGGCCUACGUAGCAGAAGGAACGAAGCGGCCCAGUACUUCCAGCUCUCCCGACACGGCAGCUUUUCCUCCGAAGACACCGAUUCCCAGAACUCCGCUGAAGAGUUGCUGGGCUCCAGUGCAACGUUGCCGAUGGAAUCCGCAGGCCCCAAAGGCGCCUCGCCUCAGGGGAAAGUGCUGGGGAUCCUGUACUUGGAGAACCACAGCGCAACCAGCCUGAACAACGUGGCUUCCCAAUAAGUCCAAUGA